AUGGAAAACCGAACAGUUGUAGCUGAAUUUAUUUUGCUGGGGUUUCCCAGCAUCCAAAAGGUGUAUGUUCUAGUGUUUGUGGGUGUCUUGGUCAUCUACUUCUUGACUGUCACUGGGAAUAUUGUCAUUGUCACCACUGUGGCUUAUGAUGCCACCCUCCACAAGCCAAUGUACUUCUUCCUUGGAAACCUCUCAUUCUUAGGAAUCAUCUAUGUGACAUCUACGAUACCCAAGCUUUUGGCUAAUCUACUAGUUGUCAAGAAAUCCAUCAGUCUAGCUGGCUGUAAAGCUCAGGCUUUCUCUCAUUUUUUCCUGGGGGCCACAGAAUUCUUCCUUCUCACUGCCAUGGCUUACGAUCGCUAUAUGGCCAUAUGCCACCCUCUUCAUUACCAUGCCAUCAUGAGCAGCAGGGUCUGUGUUCAGUUGGCUUGUGGCUCAUGGUUUGGUGGCUUGAUGACUGUCUUGGUACAGACUAUUCUAGUCUUCCGACUGCCUUUCUGUGGUCCCAAUAUAAUCAAUCACUUCUACUGUGAUGUUGGACCACUUUUGAAAUUGGCUUGUACAGACACUCGUCCCAUCGAGUGGAUUGUCUUUAUCAUUGCCACGGUUGUGGUUUUCAGCAAUUCCCUGUUGACAGUAAUUUCCUACAUCUUCAUCAUCUCCACUGUGAUGAGAAUCCCAUCAGCUUCUGGGAGACAGAAAGCUUUCUCUACUUGUAUCGCUCACUUAAUGGUGGUCAUCAUGUUGUAUGGGGCAAUCACUUUUAUAUAUGUCAGGCCAACAGGUCACGCCUCACUGGGUAUGAACAAAGUGGUAUCCCUCCUGAAUACUUUGGUCACUCCACUGUUGAACCCUUUUAUAUACACCCUCAGAAACAAGGAAAUGAAAGAUGCCCUGAAAAAGAGUUUCACCAGGAAUAAAAUAUUUGAGGAGAACAAAUGGUAA